UGUGUCAUUCGAAUGAUCAUCCAUCGAACCCAGUGUGGGUUGCGUCUAAGGCGAAGCUAGGCGGUGUCAAAUAUGGCUGAAACUCAAUACAAACCGCCCGGACUGGAGGCAUGGGACAUUGUGAUAGUUGUGCUGUAUUUUAUUGUCAUUCUGGGCGUUGGACUUUUCGCUAUGUUCAAGUCCAACCGUGGGACUGUCAGUGGCUAUUUCUUGGCUGGAAGAUUUAUGACUUGGCUUCCAGUAGGUGCGUCACUUUUUGCAAGUAACAUUGGCAGCGAACAUUUUAUCGGACUGGCGGGAUCUGGAGCUGCUGGUGGAAUUGGAGUUGGAGCAUUUGAAUUCAAUGCAAUAAUUCUUCUUCAGCUGCUUGGCUGGGUGUUUUUACCAGUUUAUAUUGCCGGUGGGAUCUGUACCCUUCCAGAGUAUAUUUCCCGUCGCUAUGGAGGAAGAAGACUUAGGAUGUGGCUUUCAGUUUUGUCUCUUCUACUAUACAUUUUCACUAAGAUAUCUGUUAAUUUAUUUUCUGGAGCUUUGUUCAUCCGUUUGGCUCUUGGUUGGAACCUGUAUCUGGCCAUUUUGUUGAUGCUGGGAAUGACCUGUCUCUGUACUCUUACAGGUGGACUCACAGCUGUGAUCUACACGGACACUCUUUGUACUUUCCUUAUGGUAACUGGAUCAUUGACAGUCAUGGGACUUGGAUUUGCUGAAGUUGGUGGCUAUAGUGGUCUGAAGGAAAAAUAUAUGAUGGCAGUCUCAAAUGAUACCCUGUUCUCAAACAGCAGCUGUGGCCGGCCAAGGGAUGAUGCUUUUGUCAUGCUACGGGAUCCUGUCAACUCUGACAUGCCUUGGGCAGGGUUCAUUUUUGGACAGACAAUUGCUUCAAUUUGGUAUUGGUGUGCAGAUCAGGUCAUUGUGCAAAGAGCUCUUGCUGCCAAGAGUUUGUCACAUGCCCAGGGAGCCUGCUUGUUGGCUAGCUACAUUAAGAUUUUACCUCUCUUCACCCUGGUAAUGCCAGGAAUGAUCAGCAGGGUGCUGUCGCCAGACCGUGUUGCAUGUAGUGUCCCAGAAAAGUGCAUGGAGAUUUGUGGAAGUGAAGUAGGCUGCACCAACAUUGCAUAUCCAGAGCUUGUUCUCAAGCUCUUGCCGACCGGUCUCAAGGGAUUGAUGAUGGCAGUAAUGAUGGCUGCUCUGAUGAGUGACUUGACGUCAAUCUUCAACAGCGCCAGUACGCUCUUCACUAUUGAUGUGUACGGCAGGUUUCGAAAACAGGCCUCAGUUAGGGAGCUCAUGAUUGUGGGAAGGAUCAUGGUCGCAAUAAUGACAGGUAUAGGAAUCUUGUGGAUCCCUGUGGUUCAGAGUGUACAGGGAGGCCAGCUUUUCAUCUACAUCCAAGCUGUCAGUGCGUAUUUUUCCCCGCCAAUCGCAGCCCUGUAUUUGAUUUCCAUCCUUUGGACGAAGGCAACGGAGAAGGGUGCAUUUUGGGGUAUGAUCGUAGGCUUCAUUGUGGGCGCAAUACGCAUGAUCCUGGACUUCACUCACUUGGAGCCUCGUUGUGGUGAAGAGGACACUCGACCGUCCAUCAUAGCCAAGGUUCACUACAUGUACUUCGCACUGAUUCUCUUCUGGCUCACAGUCUUCACUAUUGUGGUGAUUAGUUACUUCACCGAGCCGAGGCCUGAAGGAAAUACUGCUCGCUUGACGUGGUGGACAUUACACGAGAAGCCAUCAGACACAGACGUUAUGGAGGAAGCCAGGGACGAAGAAAUUGAGAUGCAAGAAAUUCCUGACGAAGAUGAGAAAGAAAUAGAGGAGAAAGAAGCAGAGGAUGACAAGGAGAAGGACGCAACAGAGGAAACACCGACCGUGACCUUGAGACCAUUGAGGCAUCCACCAGAGUCUAAGAUAAAGCGUUUGUACUCUUGGUUCUGCGGUUACGAGGCUGGAACAGAAGAAGCAAAGAAAGCAGCUCAUGAACAACACGAGCGGCUGGCGAUGAUUACAUCACUGAAACGAGAUCCAAGAGCUGAAACAUUCCUCAACAUAAAUGUGGUCAUCAUUCUUGCAGUGGGGCUCUACCUCUAUAUUUUCUUUUCCAUUUGAAUUUUUUCAGUUUACAGAGCUUUCAGUAAAUGUCGGUUAAAUGGGCGGCUAAAAUCACUGGCUACUUUGCCGAGUCUAUUCGACAAUUUUCACCUCCUUUUGUUAUAAGUGCAGAUGAUCGACAAAAUUUGCUUAGCAGCUAUUUUCCUGUUUUUAGUGUAAUUGAACGCAUAGUUUACCAGUAACAGGUUUAGAUGCGUGAAUCGAUUCCAAACGUAAGAAGUUGCUUGAAGGUUCGUGUGAAUUUCGUGGAUUGUUUGACUGGAUAGUUCCAAGUCUCGCGUAUGGUCAGACGAAAUAACACUUCUGCUUUCAAACUUAUUGACAGCUCUGAGUCAAGCCUGUUUUAACCGGUGUAACCAGUUAAUAUCCUUUUCUUCUUCUACUGUCCUGUGGUUGUCAUGGUGACAGUAGUCCUUAAAAGGACCGCUGUCAGUUUGCGAGACGGCGACUUCAUGGGUGGAAGUCGCCAUCAGUAUGUGUCUUUCUCAGUUGUAUCCUUCAUAUGAUAACAUACACCAGUCGAACCAUUUUUGUUCGUUUUUUUUCGUUUGUUUUGUUUUUGUUUCAUUGAUUUCGUAUGGUCAAGCGUCUUAUAUGCCUAAUUUAAUAAUUUACUAGAGCUUUAGAGAUAUAUUUGUAGACGAUUAUUAUCAUAAUAUAUACUAAAAGUAUUCCUUCAUUUAUUUCCUAACAGUAUUUCGCGAUCCUUGAUAGUUUGUAAUCAAAGUUUAUGCAAUAACGAAAUGUCUUUAAAAAAGUUAUGGCUAUUUCAGGAAAAAAUGAUCAAUUUAUUUCAGAAUAUAGUAUUUUUAAAAUAAAAGCAUUGGCUAUGCUUCAUAGUUUCCGAUUAUAUUUCAUGCGUUAACCAGAUGUGAUAGAGAUGGCUAUCUUUGGCAAAAUUAAUAAAUUAGAUUUAAUUUAGAAUAUAGUUUUUGAAAGUGUUGUCAAUCGCAUAUAUUUUUCUUAGAUUUGUCUAGAGUCAUAUAUUAAUACCAUCAUGUUAUUCUUGAUACCCCCUAUAGCUUAACAAUAAAACGUACACGAAGGGUUUU